AUGUUGAAAAGGCUGCACUCCGCUCAUUUAGGUUGUGACAGUAUGAUACGUCGAGCGCGUGAUAAGAUAUUCUGGAUAGGAAUAAAGUCACAAAUAAAGCAGCUGGCAAGGUCUUGCGAAACGUGUGAACAAAAUCGACCGAGAAACCAAAAGCAACCAAUGAAGCAACAUUCAGACGGAAAACAUCCUUGGGACAAAGUUGGGACAGAUUUGUUUCAAAUAGAGAACAAGACAUAUUUACUCGUGAUUGACUAUUUCACGAAUUACAUCGAGUUAGAUCUGCUAACGACAACCACAUCGAAGCAGGUAAUUAAAAAACUGAAAAAGCAAUUCAGUCGUUUCGGAAUACCUAGACAAAUCAUAAGUGAUGGAGGUCCACAGUAUUCAUCAGCGGAAUUCAAGGAAUUUGCUAAGUCGUGGCAAAUACAGCAUCACAUAACGUCACCCAACCAUCCAAACUCGAACGGAAAAGCGGAAGCUGGAGUGAAAAUUGCCAAGAGAAUGAUGUUGAAAUGUCUUGAAACAAGAUCAGAUCCAUAUGAAGCACUGUUGGAACUUAGAAAUACUCCGCGUGCUGAUACUGGUCUCAGUCCACAGGAAAUGAUGUUCUCAAGGCAGGCAAGGACACGAAUACCGACAUUCGAGAAAACCCAAGUCGUGAAUGUGAAACGUCAAAAGAGAAAGAAACAAAUCAAGAAAUCGUAUGAUCGUAGAGCAAAACCGUUACCACAAAUUGUAAAAGGAGACAAUGUGUAUUUUGAACAUAGGAACAUUCACUGGAAACCAGGACAGGUUAGAGACAGACUCUCUGAAAGAAACUAUCUAGUGGUAGGUACUGAUAACACCACCUACAACAGGAACCGCGAUCACAUGAGACAAACUGGUGUCAAUGUUCAUAUUCGAGAUAAAUCGCCGGCACCGAUACAAGCUGAUCUAGGACAGCCGAUGAAUAAUAACUCCGAACAUAUUGAAGCUGAAGUAGUGCCUGAAAACCAUGCUCUGCAAACUAACCGAUAUAUGAACUUAAGGCCUAGGAGGAAUAUAAAUCCACCAGCCUAUCUUAAAGACUACAUCAGACAUUAG